ACCCAACGGGGCCAUUUGUCCUUUGGAAAUAGGGCGAAUAGUGUAUGGCGGCAGGAACCCGCCAGGAUUGGGGGUGCCCGGGCGGAGAAACACCCGUACAGAGGACAUAAAGGGCUGGGAAGAGCUAAAAUCAGCAUCCAAGUUGGCGCCCGAUUCUCUGUGAAACCAUCCCUCGGCUCCUGGAGGGAGACUGCUAAAUCAUGAGAUUACUUGCCUUGCUUUUUCUCUGCUCCAGGCUGCUGCCAAGUGUGAGCCAGGAGUCCUCGCAAGAAAUCGACUGCGAUGAUGAGGACUUAUUUAAGGCAGUGGACGCCGCGCUGAAGAAAUAUAACAGUAGAAACAAAAUCGGCAACCAAUUUGUGCUGUACCGUGUCACGGAGGUCGUCAGGACGGAUGACCCUGACACAUUUUAUUCCUUCAAGUACCAAAUCAGGGAAGGAAACUGUUCUGCUCAAAGUGGCAAAACCUGGCAGGAGUGUGACUACAAAGACCCUGCACAAGCUGCCACAGGAGAAUGCUCCGCGACGGUGGGGAAGAGAGGGAAUACGAAAUUCUCCGUGGCUACGCAGACCUGCCAGAUCACUCCAGCCGAGGGCCCUGUGGUGACAGCUCAGUACGACUGCCUUGGCUGUGUUCACCCCAUCUCGACGGCGAGCCCUGACCUGGAACCCGUUCUAAGACACGCCAUUGAACAUUUUAACAACAACACAGCUCAUUCGCACCUCUUUGCUGUUAGAGAAGUGAAAAGGGCCCACAGACAGGUGGUGGCUGGAUGGAACUAUGAAAUUACUUACUCAACUGCGCAAACGAAUUGUUCCAAGGAGAAUUUUCUAUCCUUAACGCCAGACUGCAAGUCCCUUUUGAAUGGUGACAUCGGAGAAUGUACAGAUCACGCACACGUGGAUCUCCAGCUGAGAAUUGCUUCUUUCUCGCAGAAGUGUGACCUCUAUCCAGCGGAGGAUUUUGUACAACCUUCCAAGAUUUGCUCCGGCUGCCCCAGAGAUAUACCUGUCAACAGCCCAGAGCUGGAGGUGGCUCUGAAUCAUUCCAUUGCAAAGCUUAAUGCAGAGAAUAAUGGAACUUUCUAUUUCAAGAUUGACAGUGUGAAAAGUGCAACAGUACAGGUGGUGGCUGGAGAGAAAUUUUCUAUUGCAUUCAUAGCCAGGGAAACCACGUGUUCCAAGGAAAGUAAUGAAGAGUUGACAGAAAGUUGCCAGAUCAAUAAAUACGGACACACCCUAGAAUGUAAAGCCGAAGUUUUUGUGAUACCCUGGGAGGAAAAAAUCUACCCUACUGUCAACUGUCAGCCACUGAAAAAGAUCAUCUUGAUGAAAAGACCUCCAGGUUUUUCACCUUUCCGAUCAGUACCCAUGGAGAAGACAGAAGAAGGAGCAACUAGGCACCUAAGGCCCUGCGAGUACAAGGGCCAACCUCAGGAGGCAGGGGCAGAACCAGCAUCUGAGAGCGAGGUCUCUUGACCAGUGACAGAAUCUUCACGCCUGGUACAGUAGCCCCAACAACUUCUAUCAGCAGCCCUUCAUGGAAAGACAAGAAGAUGGGAUAAAAGUUAGAGAAGAAUGCCAUUCUAACUCUUCUGUUGCUGGGUGAAAUAAAGUUCAGUCUUGAUGCUCUCA